GAGUCUUCGGAAGAAAACCACUCUCCACUCAUGGUGAGCAGCUACACCUCUCUCCGUGGCGGGACCGCUAUCCCCACACGUACGGCGGCGCCGCGCGCCUCGAAUCGCACCGCCACACCCACAAGCGCCACACCUCAGCGAAACAGCACACCCAGUGCUCCGAAUACGGGGGCUAUGCGUGGCACGACGGCCACCACCUCCGCAGCGGGAAAAUCAAAGUCGACGGCCCCCCUGCGCGGGGAGUGGACGGCGCAGGCGGUGGCGCCGGAGAUGCGCGGACACCGGGCCGCUGCGUGGAUCGCCAUCUGGGACAAAGGCUCCGUCGCGCGGCGGGUGAGCCUGCUCGAGAGCCUGAAAGCGCUUCACGCCGACAGCAACAGCAACGCCCUCGAGGACGACCUCGGUGACGCGGCGCCGCUGUUCUUUGCCCGCCUCACCUCGUGGUGGAAGCUGCGCUACGGUACGUGGGCGACCGAUGCGUGCAACGCGGCGAGGGCCGUCGCAACAGCCACUACAAAAAGAAAUACAACGGAGCAGAACGGAUCGGCGGUGGACGCGCCAAUCAUCGAGACCAAGGGUCUAGCGGCUGCCGAUGCUGCGGCUGUCACCUCGGAAGCGGUGGCGUCGCCUCUUCCUCCGCCUCUUCCACCGACAUCGUCGUCGUCGGAGCUGUUAGCGCAGGUGGAGGCCAUCACCGUCUUUGUGCGCGGCUCUCGCUAUCUGCUGCAGCUGGUGGAGGGCGGCGGGGCAGAGGCCCUCUGCGACUGCCUCGACGUCACGUCAUCCAUUCCUCUCCCUCCCACUCCUCCCCCCUCCUCCUCCGCGGACGAGGGAGAUCAGAGAGGGAACUACGCCCGAGAGCGGCGCGCCAUCACGCUCUUGCUGCUCCACAUCGCCAACUCCGGCCGGGUCUACCGCGAAAUGGUCGGUGAGGCGGACAACCUGCUGCGCGUAUUGCACGCGUUGUUGCGCGAGACGGACGCCGCCGUGGCGAACCUCAUUACGGAGCUGCUCGCGGUGCUGGGCAAAGGGCACCCUCGAUUGUCUGCCGCGGUGCAAACCGGCCUCGUGCGCGUUCUCGCGUCUGCCCUACCGCCAAGUGAGGAGAACGAGGACGCGACGAGAGCAGCAGGGCUGCCGGCGCCACUGUUGCAGCCCGACCCCGCCGUCUUCUCUCCCCCUUCCGCGGACGGCACUUCGACGGUGGUGGUGCUGAGCACCGCGCGCGCCAUUCGUGCGCUUCAGUUGCAGGCGGAGCAGCAGCACUACAGCCAGUUUCCUUCUGCGGCAACCAACGCUGCGGAGUCGAUGCGGACGACUACCACCGCCUCUUCAGCAGGCAAGAUCGACUACGUGCCCAUCAUUGGUCUGGACACCACCGUUACGGCGAAGAGCUUCGCUGCGGUGGGGAGUACUACCGUGUUGGAGGCGACGCUGGGUCACCCGCAGGAUCCACUGCUACGUCCUUUCACCCUUGUCGGGUACUUGGAUACGCUCUUCCGGCUUGCGCUCGAUGAGCAACACACCGCCUACCGGGUGGAGGGCAACGAGCUGCUGAACCUGGCCGCCAAGAACAUCCAACUCACGCCGAAGAUCCUCACGCGGUGCCUGGACGUGGUGGAUGAUGACGUGUACGUCUUGGAUGGCGGAGGCGAAGGCGAAGCGGAGGGGGAGAGGGGCGGGGCAGAGGUCGGCAUCGCCCAGUCCCGACUGCGACGGCAGCGCCGCCAACUCUCCUGCGGACGUGCCGCAGUGCUGAUUUUCAUCUCGCAGCCCAUGACGAGUGAGCGGCGGGAUCUUCUCCUGCACCUUGUCGCGCAGCGCGGCGGCCACCUCACGCUGCUGAAGUAUCUGCGCCUCACCCAGCACGGGGAUACAGCGGCGGUGGUAGACUGCUGCCACGCCCUGCAGUUUAUCGCGCGUGCGUCGAUGGAGCUGCAGCGACGCCGGCUAGGACAGCAACAGCAGCCCCAACAGUCGCCGCAGCUGAAGCAAUCGGUGUCGGGGACGUUCAAUUCAACGGGGCGAUCGAAGACGUCGGAGACGGUGCUGCUGCGCGUGACGGAGGGCAUUCAGUCUGCGUUGGGCGAGGCCGUUCUUUUGCUGCUGCUGUUCCAGGAGCUGUCGGAGGAGGACUGCAUGACGGUACUGCGAUCGGCGCGUGCGGCUGACGUGGUGCGUGCGGAGUGA